GGAUGAAGGGGGACGUGAAGCUGGCAUAGUACGUCAUCUUCGCCGCUGCCUGUGGACUACACCUGGCUAUCCUGGUCCUGAGUCUAGAGCUGUGCCAGGCAGGUGUGGCAUUGGCCAUGGACUUCUGGUUGGCAGAUUGGUCAGCUAGCCACGUUGGUGGCAACAUUGAUGCGUGGAAUCUUACAGAGGCGAAUGCCAACUACACUCAGGGAAACUUAUCACAGCCAAUGGACGUUCCGGACACAACAGGGUACUACAUUACAGGAUACACGGGUCUGUCUGUGGGCGCCAUUGUCCUGACAGCUGCGGCUGUGGCUGCCGCCAUCCUGACCAGUCUGAGGGGAGCCAGGGUCAUGCACGACAGGAUGGUACACAACAUCGUCAGGGCGCCGCUGAGGUUCUUCGACACUACCCCUACCGGCCGUAUACUGAACCGCAUGGCAGGAGAUCAAGGCUCCCUGGACAAUAACCUACCCGGCAACAUGGAACUCUUCCUUAGGUCUGGCUUGAAGAUCGUGUCAGCCAUUGUCGCCGUUGCUGUGAUCACCCCGUACUUCCUUAUCGGCAUGAUUCCCAUCAUCGUCUUCUACUACUUCAUGCAGAAAAUCUAUCGUGCUACAGCUAGAGAACUGAAGAGGAUCAACCUCAUGAAGGAGUCUCCAGUGUACAGUCAGCUGUCACAGUCUUUUGGCGGACUUUCUACUAUACGGGCCUACAGAGCAGAAGAGAGAUUUACGAAACAGAUGAUGGAGAGAUUGAACGACUCCUUUGUCCCACUUUUGUACUCGAUGGGGGCGGAAGGCUGGAUGGGGGUGCGACUGGUGUGUGCGGGCGCUGUUAUAAUUUUCGUUGCGGGCCUGUCGUCUGUAGUCGCGGGGCUACAUGGACUGGUGUCACCUGCAUGGGUCGGACUCGCUAUAUCAUACGCCAUCCGGAUGCAGGUACAGAUGUUUUCUGUGGUGAGUGCCUUUGCCAAGGUUGAAGCAAAUAUGACAAGUGUAGAGAGGGUGGAGAACUACUCAAGAGUGCCGGGAGAGAUUUACGAACGCAUAUCAGGUAACACCAUCCCUCCCGAAGAAUGGCCGGCGUCUGGUACAGUUCAGUUAGAGAGCGUGUCUGCCCGGUAUGACCAGACUCUGGACCCUGUUCUCACCAUGGUAACGGCUAACAUCAGGGCAGGGGAGAAGGUGGGCAUCUGUGGCAGGACAGGCAGUGGGAAGUCUUCUCUCACUCUGACUCUCUUCAGGAUGAUUGACAUGUUUGAAGGUGUGAUAUCCAUAGAUGGAGUGGACAUUAGUCGUGUGCCCUUGACCUUGCUGAGGUCACGCCUGUCGAUCAUCCCUCAGGACCCCGUGCUGUUCAGUGGCACCAUCAGGUUUAAUCUCGACCCUGAAGAAGAUAGUGAUGAUGACGAGCUAUGGAGGGCCUUGGAGAUUGCACAGCUCAAGGAUGUUGUUACAGACCUGCCCAGUAAAUUGGAUGAGAUGGUAACAGAAGGUGGAGAAAACUUCAGUGUUGGUCAGAGACAGCUGUUCUGCCUGGCCCGAGCGUUUGUCCGGAAAUCUCGGAUCCUCAUCAUGGACGAGGCCACAGCUUCUGUUGACAUGGAAACGGAUGCUAUUCUGCAGGAUGUUAUAAAGGUGGCCUUUGGAGACAGAACGGUUAUAACGGUUGCUCACCGGAUAGCGACCAUCCUAAACUCUGACCGGAUCCUGGUUCUGGACCAGGGAAAACUGGUGGAGAACGACUCACCAGACAACCUACUGAAGAAACCAGACGGCCUCUUCACUGCCAUGGUCAAGGCUAACAAGUAACGACUCACCAGACAACCUGCUGAAGAAACCAGACGGACUGUUCACUGCCAUGGUCAAGGCUAACAAGUAACAACUCACCAGACAACCUACUGAAGAAACCAGACGGACUGUUCACCGCCAUGGUCAAGGCUAACACUAGUAACGACUCACCAGACAACCUCCUGAAGAAACCAGACGGACUGUUCACUGCCAUGGUCAAGGCUAACACGUACCGUACAUGGAAUCACCACCCAGGACCCAUACUCUACCAUUCCAAUCAAUUUUCAUCAAUCGUUUGUGUAAUCAUCUUAGAUAAUCAAUGUAUUCAAACAUAUUCCAAGCAUCUGUAUAUAGGAAGACAUUGACAAAUGUCAUUUCAGUCAGCUUAAUAGUUAAUAGGCCAAGGCUAACAAGUAAUGUCAAUGGGUUUUGUCACACUAAGGACACAUACUGCACAUUUCCAGCUGUUUUGGAUCCAUUAUUCGCUUGAGAUAAAGCUUAAGUUAGCUGUCAUAUAUUCAAAAUGAAAACAUCCCCUUAUGUCGUUAAGUUCUUGUGCGUAGUGUCAUAGUUUGGAUAGACUGGCUGGCAGAGAGAUUCAAAAUUAUUCAAAGCAUCUGUAAUGGCAGACAUCGACAAGUAUUCGUGCACUAAACCUCAUAGCCAUUGUCAGGGCUAACAUGGUAAUGCUAAUGCUAACAGGCUAAUAGUAUUUCCAUUGUUCCCAGUAGCACUGCUGAGCUGAAGGAAACAACAACUAGCUAAUAUGCUUGAAGCCUUAGUCUGUGUACCAAGUAACGCGCACUCAGAACAAUGCAUCUAGCUAUAACAUUCUAAUUAUUAUUGACCCAUCAUCCAACGGUAACCAACCAACAUGACUCAUUAUAUUUAUACAUCCACCCUUCAACCAAGCAUUCUUUGAAGGAAACAAUAAUUUGCUCCUAAAGGCUCCGUCUGUGUAUUAGAAGAGUUAAACAUUAGAGAAGAACGAGGACGGCAUAGACUGAUUGCACAUUAAAGUGAUAUAAUCUAACAAGUAAUAUCCAUGGUUCCUAUCCAUACUAGACUAAAGGUAGAAACAAAUAGUAGAAUUAUAUUAUUUCAACAUUAACAUAUGAUGGGCAUGUAUGUAUCAAUCGACCUGUUGAAAUCAGGCAGUUCAGAUGGGUGCCUGAUGUAAUGGUAAAGAAUAAGAAGGAACUGGAAGAGAUUUAAUCAUCUGCACUGCAGUACAAACUGCCCGAUGUUUCCACACUUCCGAUGAGGAAAGCUACAGCUACAUUUGAAUUAGUUACAGCAUUAUUCUAAUAUACACAUGAAGUGAAUAUAGUGCAAUUUGCAAGUACAUGACAGACGCUUAGCAUAUGUUAAAAUUGGUGGUUAUUACAUGUAUUACUAUUUCUAAAGGAGCCAACUUGAAUUGUACUGUUGGCUAUAUCUAGACAGAUUGAGACUGACUUCUUUAUUGGCUGCAGAAGAAGAUUGCCAAGCAUAUGAUACACCACAUUAAAUGGAAAAAGCGGUUGAUCUGCUCAU